GAGUAGCAGAUGUAUUUGACAGGAAUACUAUAGAUCUGUUUUCUGGUGAAGUCGCCUCUGGUCAUGCUCUAGGUGUUCGGCUCCACCACGGGAAUCAUAGCCACAUGACAUCAGAUAAAGCAUCCUCAGUGCGUUAUUUUAGUGUUGUUUGGUGCAAGAUGUCAAAAAAGAAGCAUAAGAAAUGGGAAGGUGAUGCUGUACUCACUACAUCAGGAAGGACAGUCACACUGUAUGAUAUGGAUGGGAAAGUAUUAGGUAAAGGUACAGGAUACAAAACAACUGAGCUUGAGGCUCUGGCGGAAGAUGGGACAUUAUUUGUUGGAGGAAAAGAAAUUCAGGUCAUGUCGACACUAACAGAAGAGUACUUUAAGUCUGGAAAGUGUUUCACAUCUGGCAUUGAACCAACACCAUCUUCUGAGGGAAGCUCAAGUCAGAUCAGGAAUCCUGGCAUGUCAAAACCAUUUAUAAAACCUGCAUUAAAAUCUGGACACGCUAAUAUGGUAAGUAUGGCAAGGAAUGCUUCCAGCGCACUUCCUACAAUGCCAAAGUAUGACCCAAAUACUCCUAAUGCUUUGGUUAUGCCCCGGCCCAGUGCUGAUCAUCAGUGGAAGCACAACCGACUUGGCCACCCUGUUGUUGAUGUUGUGGUUGAUCCUUACCUGUCAAAUUAUCUGCGCAGUCAUCAGAGAACAGGUGUUAUCUUUCUUUAUGAAUGUGUACUGGGAAUGAGAAAUUUCAAUGGUGAAGGUGCAAUUCUAGCUGACGACAUGGGCUUGGGGAAAACACUUCAGUGUAUCUGUCUUAUUUGGACAUUACUAAAACAGGGGCCAUAUGGUGGGAAUCCGGUCGCCAGAAAAGUUCUGGUUGUGACCCCAGGCAGCUUGGUUAAAAACUGGUUCCAGGAGUUCAAGAAGUGGCUUGGAGCAGAAAGACUAAAUGUUUUUGCUGUGUCAACAGAUAAACGUGUCGAUGAGUUUGUGAGGUCUGGUCUACAUCCGGUCUUGGUGAUUUCCUACGAGAUGUUUGUUAGGUAUCAUGAACUCAUCAAGCAGGUACCCUUUGAUUUAGUUGUCUGUGAUGAGGGACAUCGACUGAAAAACACGGCGAUAAAAACUACUUCUAUAUUAACAAGCCUGCCUUGUCGGAGAAGGAUUGUCCUGACAGGAACACCAGUUCAAAAUGACCUGCAAGAGUUUUUCUCUAUUGUAGAGUUUGUUAAUCCUGGGAUUUUAGGCUCUAGUUCAGCUUUCCGGCACAUCUAUGAAGAUCCCAUUGUUGCAUCACAGCAACCAAAAGCCACAGAAGAACAACGUGAGCUGGGAACAAAACGAGCCCAGGAGCUAACCCGACUCACGCAGAUGUUUAUUUUACGAAGAACACAAGAAAUUAAUAAUGAUUAUUUACCUCCAAAAGUGGAAAUGGUUUUAUUCUGUAAGCCGACGACACUUCAGCUGACCUUGUAUCGUCAGCUACUUCAUUCCAAUGUGAUUCGCCGCUGUCUGGCGGGUAAUUUGUCAGGGUCCCCUCAUCUCGUUUGUAUAAGUGCUUUGAAACACCUGUGCAAUCACCCAGGUUUGGUCUAUCGUAAGGCAGCAGAACACCAGCUUAACAAGGAAACCCAGAGGCAUUCCAUUCAUGGCAAACCUGGAGGUGACAGCUGUGAUGAAUGGGAGGAUUCCAUUUACUCUGGGAUGCUGCCAUAUUUCCCAGAGUCUUUUGAUGCAAGUGUGGUCAGUCUUGUUGAUUCAGGAAAGUUGAUUGUUCUCUCUGGACUUUUGUCCGCCAUUUGGAGUCAGUCAUCUUCUGAGAAAGUAGUUCUGGUAUCCAACCAUACCAAGAUACUUGACUUCCUUGAGGUAUUCUGUCAAGUUAAGGGUUACCGUUUCCUGCGAAUGGAUGGUCAGACACCAACAGGCCAGAGACAGGACAUCGUGAGCAGGUUUAACAACAAGGCAUCACCAUUUAGGAUUUUCCUGCUGAGUUCCAAGGCAGGAGGGGUUGGUCUAAAUCUAGUUGGAGCAUCAAGACUCAUCCUAUAUGAUAUUGACUGGAACCCUGCCAAUGAUCUACAGGCUAUGGCUCGUGUGUGGAGGGAUGGGCAGACAGGAAAAGUGUACAUCUACAGACUUCUUACUGUUGGUACAAUUGAAGAAAAGAUUUACCAGAGGCAGAUAACGAAGCAGGGUUUAAGUGGAGCUGUCAUGGAUGUCAGCAGAAAAAGCAGUGUGCAGUUUUCCCUAGAAGACCUCAAGGACUUGUUCUCCCUCAACGAGGACACAGACUGUGAAACACAUUCAAUGCUAGACUGCCAGUGUGGUGGUGACCCGUCCUUUGUACAUGAACACACAAAAGCAGAUACUGUUGCUGAAGACAGACCAUGUCAACUGGGCAGGCUUUCCACUACCGUUCAGAAGAGCCAAUCCUCUCAUUUGACCAUGGCAGAACUUUCACACACACUGGAGGGGAGAGUUUGUUUGUGGCCAGGAGAACUGGUGUUUGGAUCAGGCUGGGCCGUCACUGUCUUUUGUAUUUUGGCAGGACAUCAAUACAGGCUGAGUAUCUGUUGCUACAUUAGGUAG